AUGGGCAGCAACAACACCUCGCCUUCCUCACAGCAACCGCCUCACCAAGACCCCAGCUCGCCCGACAGCGCCAGCGCGCGACAACCCGCAGAUACCGCGCACCCCGCGCGGCGCGCAUCCGGCUCCUCCUCUACAGCACCGUCGACAACGACCGCAUCGUCAUCCAAGAGCGGCUCGUUUCUCUCCCGGUUCAGCAGGUCGGCGCGGAUUCGAAACAUUGUCGACUUUUACGUCCACACGCACGAGCCACACAAGAUCUAUACUGCAGGCGACCAUGUGCGCGGUUCCGUCUGUCUCACCGUCGUCAAGACGGUGAGGAUCACACACCUGACGGUGGCCUUGAGCGGCUACGUCCACGUCGUGAAGGACCCGAGAACGCGGUCGCGCGCUGCCCUGGCCAACGCGGUGAGCUUACUGCCCAAGGGUGUCUCCGAGCGGCCGGCGUAUCAUGGCAAUGGAUUCGCGAGCAUAUUCCAGGACGAGCUGGUGCUGAGCGGGGACGGCAAGCUCGAGCCGGGGAAGUACGAGUUUCUGUUUGACCUGGUGUUCCCUUCGAAAGGGUUGCCGAGCAGCAUCGAUUUCGAGCGCGGGACCAUAUCGUACGUGAUUUCGUCGACGUUGACGCGACCCAUUGCCAUCGCACCGACGACUACCUGCGAAACAAAGAUCAUGCUCAACAACAAGGUGGAUAUUGGACAUUGCGCCCCUCCCCAGCCAAGAAUCAUCUAUAUCGAGCCCCAGGCCAAGAAGAAGCGCAGGAAACGGUCGACUGGCUUGGACAAGUCGAUAGCCCCCAGCGCAGAGCUGAGCGACAUGUCCACCGAGUCUGGCCACGAGUCUGCGGUUCUCGAUGACAUGACUGUGCGGGAACGGUCCAUUGACAACGACAUGCGCAGUGAGAUCAGCGGCGAGAGUGGACGCAGCGUCAGCACGGGGGGGCUCAGCCGGGCUCACCUGGCGCAGGUAGCGUCUGCCAAGCAGCAGGUCGUUGAUGAUAAGACCAUCACGGCCAAGAUUGGUUUGACGAGAGGUGGCUAUCUGCCGGGCGACACCGUGACUGUGCGUGUUGAUAUUCAGCACAUCAAGUAUAUCAAGAGCAUGAACGGUGUCAUCGUCACGCUGUUCCGGCAGGGGAAAAUCGACUCGAGCCCGAACCCGGACAUGUUCAACAAGCCAUUGAGCAAGCAGGAAAGGCGACAGAUGCAGAGGGAGGACGUCCCCAAGUCGAAGACGAGGCUUGGGGGCCUCACGUUGUCCUCCGCCAACUCGACCAGCAUGUUUCGGAAGGACCUAGAUCAAGCCACUGCGCCGAUCAUCAUCAAUCCCGCGACCCUGCAGGCCUCGAUACCCGUCUCCGUCAAACUGCCAGGGGAGUGUUUCCCGACGAUCAAGGGCGUACCCGGAGACAUGAUGCGUUUCAGCUACCAGGUCGAAGUCGUGGUCGACCUGGGUGGGAAGCUCUCCAAUCAGUUCAAAGGGAGUCAAGAGUCAAGUCACGGCCACGGCAUUGGCCAAGAAGGGUCUACGAUGUACGACAAUUCGAGUUUCAGCUCCCGGCGGCCAGCGACAGGCAUCACCGACACAUCGGCCAUCAAGCGAGAGAGGGGCGUGAUCAAUGUGACGCUCGAGACGCAGAUUGGGACUGACGACAGCACCCGCGGCCGCGCACGACAACGAGUGUCGCCGUCGUCCAGGACGGUGCGGACCACGGCCAGCGAAGAUGACGAUUAUCGGAAUGCCGAGUUCAGCCACGUUGAUGAGAGCCACUGGGCGACGCCCAAUGCCAACGGCAACCCGUCAGACGGAUACUUCCCCAUGCAAAGGCAGCAGCAAGGUGUGCCUUCGUAUCCAACUCCAGCAACGCCAUCCGGGCCAUCGCAGCCAUAUCCAUACACCGUGCACGGCGAGUCGAGCAGUAGUGUACCAGCGUACGAGGCACCGCCACCUCAGCUGCCGGACCAACGUGAACUCUCGGAAAAGGAACGCGUUCGUGAAGCAGAAACGAGGCUCCUCCCGAGCGCCCCGCCAGCUGGCCCCUCAGCAGAUGGUCCUUCAGCUCCUCCGGCGGACGAGGAUGAGGACGACAUAUACGAUGCUGACGACACACCUCGGAUGCCCCAUGCAGGACCAUCGUCGCCACUCUCCGAGAUUGGACCUUCGGCGCCGACAGAGGACGAUCUCACGGCCCUUCCCAUCCACCCGCCCACGGAGGACAAGCAAGAAAUGGAACGAAGACGCCUGUUGAACGAGGCCAGCGCGCCACCUGAGAUGCCAGACGAGCUCACUCGCGCCUCGAGACGGGACACGGCGACCGUCGCGGGGCCGAGUGCGCCCGUCCUGAACGAAGAAGAUGAGCACGAUGCGCAGCCAGGGCCGUCGAGCAGGGGGCAUCAGGAGCAGUUACCAGCGUAUGAGCGCUGA